AUGGGUAAAGCUGCUGCUGGGAACGCUGCUGCCGCCUGUCGAAUCAGCUUCCCUGGGAUUGAACUUGCCCUGAUUGUCGGUAUUUGCGGCGGUAUCCCUCGGUAUGGCGAUUCAGAUAUUUUCCUAGGCGACGUUAUUAUCAGCACCGGAGUCAAACAAUUUGACUUUGGGAGACGAUUUCCAGAUAGAUUUGAAAAGCGCCUACAAACGAAUGCGAAACUAUACCUUGAAGAGCAGGCAGCCAGAUAUCCAGGCGCUGAUAAUGACCGGCUCUUUGCGUCUGAGUACCGCCAUAAACACCAAGAUCCGUCAGAGUGCGACAUCUGUGCCGCUUGUACAGCUUCUUCUCAUCCGUUCGAGCCAGUGAACAACAGCCGGUUUAUCCAUCAAUUCAUUUUGGGACGAUCGCCUCAGGAGAUAUCGUGA